AUGGAACUACUAGGAUAUGACACAAGUGCCUUCGAUGCCAUGUACAACGUUAUCAAAAACUCUUUAUUCUCAUCGGGACAAAGCUUCCAUGAAGAACCAAUUGAGAAUGUGAUUGCUCUUUUUGUUAUAUGCUCGAUAGUCAUGAUUAUGAUUAUGAGUUGUGUGGUAAUCAUGAUGAUGCUACUGACAAUUAACAACAAAUCAACCGAAAAUGACUUGGAAGCAGGUUUCUUUUAA